AUGAGCUCUGAAAUGGAGGCAGCGCCUGUACUGUCGACUCCCGACGACCGUAUUUUUGAAGAAUCGACCCCGGUAGUCUCGCGAGAGCCUACGGCUAGAGUGUCGGACGAUGAACUCUCCAUUACCUACGAUAUCGAGCGCACAUUGAAGGAGAUCAGACAAGCGCGGUACAAGCGCAUCGCUCUUCAGUUUCCCGAUGACAUGCUUCCUGAUGCCCCUCGAGUUUUCCAGCUACUCAGCAGGGGUCUGGAGCGUGAGGAAGUAACCAACACCAAUGGCACCGAGCCCGCGAACCCAACCGAUACCGGCAACGGCGACGACCUGGCCCACCCGAUCUCUCAGCUCCAGGUGGAAGAACACAACACUGGAAAGAUUGCACCUCGGUUGACAAUCCUGGCAGAUACAUCUUAUGGAACUUGCUGUGUCGACGAGGUGGCCGCCGAGCAUGUGGACGCAGACGUGGUUGUGCACUACGGAAGAUCAUGCUUAUCGCCCACUGCGCGGCUGCCUGUCAUCUACGUCUUCACACAUAAAGCUCUUCCGCUAGAGCCUGUAGUGCGAGCGUUCAAGGCGACAUAUCCUGAUCCAACGACCAAAAUCGUCAUCGCAGCCGAUGUGACCUACGCGGAUCACGUUCAGACGCUGUAUGCUUACCUGGUGGAAGAGGGAUAUACCAAUCUAUAUGCAACCGAGGUCGUCCAUGAGCCUUCAUCGGCAAUCCCCAACCGUACUGUCCCCGAGUCAGUCCGGGAGUCGCCUGAGACUCUGGGUGACUGGCAACUGUUCCAUAUCUCUGAUCCGCCAACUGCUCUUAUGAUGACGCUUGCAUCUCGGGUUGCCGCAAUCCAUAUCUAUCCUACAGACAACUUGGGUAGUGAAAAUGUUAAGCCUUUGCCUGCGUCUACUACUGCGGCUCUGCGUCGGCGCUAUGCCACUCUUACAUCGUUGACUACGGUGCCAAUCUGGGGCAUUCUUAUCAACACUCUGAGUGUCAAGAACUACUUGCACAUCGUGGAGCACGUCAAAGAGCGCAUUGAAAAAGCAGGCAAGAAGAGCUACAUGUUUGUGGUUGGCAAAUUGAAUGCUGCCAAGGUUGCCAAUUUCAGUGAAAUUGGCGGCUGGGUAGUCAUUGGCUGCUGGGAAAGCUCCCUUGUGGAUAGCAAAGACUUCUGGAGACCAGUGAUCACUCCCUUUGAAUUAGAACUGGCCUUGAAAGAUGAUGCGGACCGCGUGUGGACAGGCGCGUGGCAGAGUGACUUCCAGGCGGUUCUUGACCAACCAGCUGAAGAGGCCAAUGGAAUCAGCAAGGAGACAUCCAAUGGUACCAUGUCUGAAGAAGAUGACAUGUCAGAACCCGAAUCGGCACCGCCCGAAUUUGACCUGCGCACCGGACGAUACGUCUCACAUUCGCGCCCGAUGCGGGAUCCGGCUCCCCGCGCUUCCCAGCUUGAUGGAUCAUCUACCAGUGGACCUUCCGCGGCGAGGGCGCUAGCCCGACGGGCUAAAGGUGACUUAGCCAUGAUCGGCGGUGCUGUAUCUCCUGGUGCAGAGUACCUGCGCUCACAGAGAACAUGGAAAGGUCUGGGCAGUGACUUUGACAUUCGUUAUGACGAGGAUGAGGAGGAUGAUAGCACCCUGGUCAAGGAAGGGCGCAAGGGCAUCGCUAGGGGCUACACUGUAGGCGACGCAUCUAACAAACAUUAA